AAAACAUGCCAGUGCUAUAAGGCAGUUUGUAAAAAAAACAACUAGGCACUAUUUUACUUUGUUCUUUUCUUAUUCAAUUUUCAAUUGUUAAUUUGUUAUUUUAUAUAUAAAAAUGUGCGGCUCUUGCGAACACACCGUCAGCGACAUUAUCACCCUUUCGCCCGCGCCCGAGGCUGCCCAGACCAAGGUCCACGGCGGCUUCUCCGCGCCCAUCAAGCGCAACGUCAGCACUGCCGGUGUCUACCUGCAGCACUACAUCCGCAGCGACAACACAUUUGUUGACCACCUGCACUCCCACGCUGAUGAGGCUGCCACCGCCGCCGCUGCUGCCGUCAAGGAUAUUGAUCUCGAUGAGGGUGAGGACGAGGAGGAGAGCGAGGACCUCUUGGACCUUGACCCCAAGGAGUGGAAGGACCAGGACCACUACGCUGUCGUUGGCCUGUCCAAGCUGCGUUACCGCGCGACCCUUGAUGACAUUAUUAAGGCGCACCGCAAGAAGGUUCUGCGUCACCACCCUGACAAGAAGGCUGCCCAGGGCCACCUCAACGAUGACCGCUUCUUCAAGUGCAUCCAGAAGGCAUUCGAGAUCCUGACUGACGUCACCAAGCGCCGCCAGUGGGACUCCGUCGACCCCAGCGUGUCUGAUGCUGUGCCGUCGGCCAAGGACAAGGGCAACUUCUUUGCUACUUACGGACCCGUGUUCGAGCGCGAGUCGCGCUUCUCCAACGUGCAGCCCGUGCCCCAGCUCGGUGAUGAGUCGACUCCUCGCGAGAUUGUCGAGUCCUUCUACGAGUUCUGGUACGCCUUUGACUCGUGGCGCUCGUUCGAGUACCUCGACAAGGAGGACGUCGACGGCGGCAACAAUCGCGACAACAAGCGGUGGAUCGAGGGUAAGAACAAGAAGGAGCGCGCCAACCGCAAGAAGGAGGACAUCCAGCGCCUGCGCACCAUCGUCGAUCAGGCCAUCAAGAUUGAUCCUCGCAUGAUCAUGUUCAAGGAGGAGGACAAGAACAAGCGCAAUGCCAAGCGCAACGCCCGCGAGGAGGAGGAGCGCAAGGCCGCUGAGGCCAAGAAGCUGGCUGCUGAGGAGGCCAAAAAGCUUGCUGAGUCGCAGGCCGAGAAGGAGGAGGAGCUCAAGAAGCUGCGUCAGCAGAACCACAAGCAGCUGAAGAAGGAGCAGCGUGCCAUCAAGAAAUAUUUUUCGAGUUGA